AUGAGGGACCAGCUUCGAGAGGACCACACCGCCGGUGGCGGUGGGCAGAGAUUGAGGGGGGCCCGGGGAGGGCAGCAGGGAGCUGGCAUCGCUCCAGCAGGAGGCACCGGAGCCGGGCUGCCUGGGUGGCAGCGGGCCCUGUGCGAGGUGUUCUGCCGGGACGGCAAGGUGCUGCGGGAGGGGGACAGAGUGACCAUGCCGCGGCUGGCCGACACCUACGAGACGCUGGCCUCCGAGGGCGCCCGGGCUUUCUACAACGGGAGCCUCACGGCCCAGAUCGUCCGCGACAUCCAGGCGGCUGGUGAGUGCGAGGGACUUCGCGACUACCGCGCGGAGCUGAUCGAGCACCCGCUGAGCAUCAGCCUCGGGGACGCCCGGCUCUACGUGCCCAGCGCCCCCCUCAGCGGGCCCGUGCUGGCCCUCAUCCUCAACAUCCUCAAGGGGUACAACUUCUCGCGGGCGAGCGUGGAGACCCCCGAGCAGAAGGGCCUGACCUACCACCGCAUCGUGGAGGCCUUCCGCUUCGCUUACGCCAAGAGGACCCUGCUCGGGGACCCCAAGUUUGUCAGUGUGUCUGAGGUGGUCCGGAACAUGAGCUCCGAGUUCUUUGCCGCCCAACUGCGCAGCCGCAUCUCCGACAACACCACGCACCCCACCUCGUACUACGAGCCCGAGUUCUACACCCCAGACGACGGGGGCACCGCCCACCUGUCCGUGGUCGCGGAGGAUGGCAGCGCCGUGGCGGCCACCAGCACCAUCAACCUCUACUUCGGGUCCAAGGUGCUGUCCCCGGUCAGCGGGAUCCUGUACAAUGAUGAGAUGGACGACUUCAGUUCCCCCAACAUCACCAACCAGUUCGGGGUGCCCCCCUCACCGGCCAACUUCAUCAAGCCAGGUGCUCGCCCGGCCCCCCAGGCCAUUAUGAACAACCUGUGGUUCGGCUACGAUGUGAAGAAGGCGGUGGAGGAGCCCCGGCUACACAACCAGCUCCUGCCCAACACCACCUCCCUGGAGCCGGGCAUGGACCAGGCGGUGACCACAGGCCUGAAGAGCCGGCACCACCACACCGAGGAGGUGUCCACCUACAUCGCUGUGGUGCAGGCCAUCGCCCGCACGGACGGCGGCUGGGCGGCCGCCUCUGACUGC